AAGGCAAAGGCAAAGGCAAAGGGAAACGAAAGCAAAGCCUCUCAUGUUUUUGUGGAGAGGAGAAGAGAACGCUUUUCUUUCUCCCUCUCUCUCUCUCUAAAAACUCUCUCUCUCUCUCUCUCUCUCUCUCUCUCUCUCUCUGUUUCUCUCUCUGCCUUUGAAAACAAAAAUAGAAGGUUAUUGUGAUUAGUGUUUCUGUUUGAUCGGUUGGGGGAUUGGUGGUGGUGGUGGUGGUGGUGAGUGGUUGUUUUUGAAAAGGGAAUGGGAGUUCCGGCGUGAUGGAGAGAUGGAAUUCGAGGCCGGAAUUCCGAUGUCCCGAGCUGCUGCUGCUGCUGCGGCUGCCGCGGCUGCUGCUGCUGCCGCGGCUGCCGCCGCUGUCUCUGUGACUGAACCUCCCUCGCUCUCACCCAACUCAGGGAAGUUUACUAAUUCGGGUACACAAAGAAAUGCGAUUGUAUAGUGUUAAUUGUUGAUGGGUUUGAUUCCUGUUAUAAAGCGGAUGCAAUGUGGCAAAUGAACUUGAGAUCAAGUGAAACAAUGGAAUCUGGGCCAUAUCCUGAGCGUCCUGGAGAGCCAGAUUGUUCUUAUUACAUAAGGACUGGCCUCUGUAGAUUUGGGGCAACAUGUAGAUUUAAUCAUCCUCCUAACAGGAAGCUGGCUAUUGCCACUGCACGGAUGAAGGGGGAGUUCCCAGAAAGAAUAGGACAACCAGAAUGUCAGUACUACCUGAAGACAGGAACUUGCAAGUUUGGAGCCACAUGCAAGUUUCAUCAUCCUAGAGACAAGGCUGGGGUUGCUGGAAGAGUUGCCUUAAAUAUUUUAGGCUAUCCACUUCGCCCGAAUGAGGCUGAAUGUGCCUAUUAUUUAAGAACUGGCCAAUGCAAAUUUGGAAACACCUGUAAAUUCCAUCACCCUCAACCAACUAAUAUGAUGGUUUCAUUGAAUGGUUCAACUGUUUAUCCAACUGUCCAGUCUCCAACUACUGGUCAGCAGUCAUAUGCAGGAGGAAUUACAAAUUGGUCAAGAGCAUCUUUUAUUCCCAGUCCACGCUGGCAAGGACCUUCGAGUUAUGCACCAUUGCUUCUACAUCAAGGAAUGGUGUCAGUUCCUGGAUGGAAUGCCUACGGCGUCUCUAUUCAGGGUCAGCUCGGAUCAGUUUCGUCUUCAGAGACCCAGCAGCAAACAGUGGCAAACAGUCAGAUUUAUGGAACCUCACGCCAAGGUGAAUCCACUAGUGCAGGAUCUCAAGGGACAUUUUCUCCAUUUCGUUCAGGCUCUGUCCCUGUAGGGUUCUAUGCUUUGCAGAGGGAGAAUGUAUUUCCUGAGAGACCUGGCCAACCUGAAUGCCAGUUUUACAUGAAAACUGGUGACUGUAAGUAUGGUGCAGUUUGUCGGUUUCAUCAUCCUAGAGAGAGACUAAUUCCUGCUCCAGAUUGUGUCUUGAGUACCUUGGGUCUUCCUUUACGUCCGGGAGAACCUUUAUGCAUCUUCUAUUCUCGCUAUGGUAUCUGCAAAUUUGGUCCAAGUUGCAAGUUUGACCACCCCAUGGGAAUUUUUGCGUACAAUAUCUCUGCAUCAUCUUCAGCUGAUGCCCCUGUGCGACGUUUGUUGGGGUCAUCAUCAGGAACCGCUGCAUUAAAUUUGUCAUCCGAAGGACUUGUUGAUGCAGGCUCGGCAAAGCCCAGGCGACUUUCAUUGUCAGAGAGUAGACAGAUGCCUUCUGGUGAUGAUAACAUUGACACCGAAGAGUGAAGACACAAGUCAUUUACUUUUUACAGUCUUUUGGGGUUAAGCAAGAGUUAUCAGUAAAUUCAUUUCCCAUUGCUGGAGAUGUACAGAAUUCAUGUCAAGUUAAUUCUGUUCUGAAAAUGCAUUUCAGUUGAAAGACUUGACUCUCCUGUAUUUCAUAUUGCUGCAUUGUAUAAAAUCUGCAAAUAUUGUCACAUGGAAAAUUCCAAUGUGAACAUUGCAUCAGUCUGACAUCCGAUCUUUCUGAUUUUAAUGUUGUAUUUUUUUCCCAGUACUUUAUGUAAAGAAUUUUUUUUUGGGGCAAGUUUUGAUAGCCUAAGUCUGGUUUUCCCCUUAAUCUAAUCACACAGGUUUGAAAUGUUC